AUGUGCGCGGGCUCGGCGCUGCGGCAGGAGUACCGGCAGGAGUACCGGCAGGAGUACCGACGCUGCCUGGAGCGGGAGUUCCGUCGGGGCCGCGCCGGAGCCUGCUCCGACCCCUCCUUCGGGGAGCGGCUGCGGCAGCGGCUGCGAUCGGAGCCGGUGCUGCUGGGGGCCCUGCAGGAGGACGCCCCCGCCUUGCUGGCCCACGGGCUGCGGGGCCGCCCCGACCCGGGACCGGCGCUACGGGGCCUGGCCAGCGCCUUCCGGCUGCUGGAGCUGGCGGCCGUCAACCUCUACCUCUUCCCCUGGCGCAAGGAGUUCGGCACCGUCCAGACUUUCUCCGGCGCUUACGUGCACUUGCUGCGCCCGGCGCUCCCCGAAGCCGAUUUGAUGCGGAGCUUCGGCCGGUUGGGCUACGAACGGCGUGACCGGCACCGCCUGGAAGUCUCCCGGCCGCCCCCCGGGCCCGAGCUGGUCGCCGUUGCCUGUGGCUUCUUCGCCUGCCGGCUGGAGUGCGAGAUCCUGGCGGAGGUGGUGCUGCGGCUGCGGCCCCGCCGGCUGCGCGCCGAGGACCUGCUGGAGGCACGCCGGCUGGCCGGGGACGUGGAGGCCUGCGUGGAGAUGCUGCAGCAGCUGGGGACGCGGCGCGAGGCGGCUGCCGACUGCGGCGACGGCGUGGAUCUCUACCGGGAGAUGUCGGCCGGCCCCGAGGACACCGGGGGAGAGGACGCAGCCCCCUCAGCGCUGUGGAGGGACCCUGGCAGCCCGCGGGGCGCUCAGGACGUGCCCGGCGGGGGCUGGGACCGCCGCGGAGACGGCGAGCGCGGGCAGGAGCCGGUGCCCUCCACGGGCAACCCCAACCCGGACACCUCCUCCUCUCAUCUCUUCCUGGAGCAGGAGCUCGGCGGAGCCGGCAGCUCGCUCUCCGCCCUGGCCGCGGGGAGCAGAAACCCCCAGGUGCCGGGGGAGCCCCCAGAUUCACCCCCCUCAGCCCCCCAGGAAGCCCCCGAGCUGCCGUGCUACCAGCUACACUCCUGCCUGCGCCGGGGCACGCUGCCCUCCUAUUGCUGCACCACCUGCCAGCAGCUCCACGCCGGCGCCUGCGCGGCCGGGCAGGCUUGCCGCACCCGCCACCGCGGGCAGGAGCUGCGCAGCGAGAGGCAGCAACGGCUGUGGCUGCAGCGGACAGAGGUGGACAUGCUGCUGGCCGACAGCUCCGGCCCCUGGUCCUAACACCCUUUGGGGUGCUGCCGCUGGCUGCCUCCGUUCCCCCCGCGGCUGGAAGGGGAUGGGGACAGCCACCGUUCAGCCCGAGGGACACCGAACUCACCCCGCCGGGAGGUAGCGGUGCCUGUGCCGUGCUCUGCUUCACCCCCACCCCGAUCCCGGGGCGGUAGGAGCCUGCCGGGCUCCGGGAGGAUGUGCCCCUGCUCCAGCUCCGGCGUUCCCGCUGUAAACGGCUCGGUGCAUCUCAGUAAAGCGCGGAUGC